AUGAUUGUGUAUCACCCUGGCAGACCUGCGCUGAUUUACAUCAGGUGGGAAUCUGUCCCCAUAGUCCCUGUCACAGUGGGUACAACCCUGGGAAGGUCUGCCCCAGCUACUAUCCAAGGCACCACCAAUGCUGGGGCUGCAGGGCCACCUUCUGCUACCAAUGUGCCAAGCAACAAACGGCUGCAGCAGACACAAACCCGGGUGGAUGAGGUGGUAGACAUCAUCAGAAUGAACGUGGUCAAGGUCCUAGAAAGAGACCAGAAGCUAUCUGAGCUUGACAACCGGGCAGAUGCAUUGCAAGCAGGGGCCUCACAGUUUGAAACCAGUGCAGCCAAACUGAAGAGAAAAUACUGGUGGAAAAAUUGCAAGAUGAUGAUCAUCAUUGGAGUAGUAUGCAUAGUCAUUCUUAUUAUAAUUAUAAGUGAGUAA